GUGUUGGUGGUGGAGUGGCGUUCACUCACUGAAUCCACACGCACAUGCAAAUCUCUCCCAAAGGAAAGCACAGUCUGGAGUUUAUCGAAACGAGAAAGUAACUCGUUGAACACUUGAAGGCGAGUAACAACAGUCAAGUGCUUACAUUUAUAACAAUCUGUUAUAGAAGCGGACUAAAGGUGAACUUUAAGUUAGUUGUUGUAGAAGUGUCGGGACGAGGGACUGAUCCCGGACCCGCUGUUAUGCCAACAAACCUACAGCGAAAAUAUGAGUGUUUGAAACUCAAAGGUUCUGGUCUGCCGGUCCAAACGCUCCAGUCUUCCCAACCGUCUAAACCACAGCAUCAACAGGGCCUCUGCAUUCCCAGAAACUGAGCUCCACGCGACCCAAACCAAUCCCUUCACCCAGAGAAGGCUUUGGAAACUCCAGAAGGAAAAGACGGAAGGGCAAAAUAGAUUUUCCAGUUCUCCGAGCUUUCACAUCCACAGCGCUAGAUGAGUUUGAUGACGUGAUUGUUGGAAGGAUUCAGAUAUCUGUUUGCUUGUGGUUUCCUCAGACGUCUGGCUGACACUUGCCCCCUACUGAAGUAAUCGUUCCCAAAAGUGAAUUCUGGGAUAGGUUCAUGCGGUGGCCGUGCCUCUGUAUGGAGGUAUAAGGGAGGGGAAGGACUCUUGUGGGACACUGGUGGAAUUCUGGCUUUUAGGGGAUCAUGGGAAAAGAGCAGGAUCUUCUGCAAGCAGUCAAGAAUGGAGAUCUAGCCACUACACAGAAGCUGCUGGCCAAAGUCAAAGCUAGCAAAAGCAAGUUACUGGGCUCCACCAAGAGGCUGAACAUCAACUAUCAAGAUGCAGAUGGGUUUUCAGCACUGCAUCAUGCCGCUCUCACAGGCACCACAGAGUUACUGUCUCUCUUAUUGGAGGCUCAGGUGGUCGUGGAUAUUAAAGACAGUAAUGGUAUGCGACCGCUGCAUUACGCGGCAUGGCAAGGUAAAGCCGAUUCGGUGCUGAUGCUGUUGCGAGCGGGGGCUGCAGUCAAUGGGACGUCUCAUGAUGGACAGAUUCCAUUGCAUCUGGCUGCUCAGUAUGGACAUUAUGAGGUGUCUGAGAUGUUGUUACAGCACCAGUCGAACCCAUGUGUGCUGAAUAAAGCGAAGAAGACACCUCUGGAUCUGUCCUGUGAGUUUGGAAGAGUGAAGGUUGCUCAGCUGUUGUUGAACAGUAACAUGGUUGCGUCUCUCUUAGAGGGGGAUCGGAAAGAUGCAUCAGACUCAAACUAUAACACUCCUCUACACCUCGCUGCACGCAACGGACACAAGGAUGUCAUCCGGCUUCUUCUGAAAGCAGGUAUCGACAUCAACAGAAGCACUAAAGCUGGCACAGCGCUCCAUGAGGCUGCCCUCUAUGGGAAGACAGAGGUGGUGCGGCUUCUUCUCGAUGCUGGGAUAGAUGUGACUGUCCGUAACACUUACAAUCAAACAGCCCUGGAUAUUGUCAACCAGUUCACCGCAUGUCACGCCAGCAAAGAAAUCAAGCAGCUUUUACGAGAGGCCACAGGAGUUCUUCAGGUCCGAGCUCUGAAAGAUUUCUGGAAUCUUCACGAUCCCACAGCCCUGACCAUACGCGCUGGUGAUGUCAUCACGGUUAUAGAGCAGCACAUGGAUGGACGCUGGAAGGGUCACAUUCACGACACCCAGAGAGGAACAGACCGAGUGGGUUACUUUCCUCCCUCUAUCGUGGAGGUCAUCAGUCGUCGCUCAGGGGGCACUCUGUCACGACACGCCUCUCUGCCCACCCAUAGGCAGCAACUCUCCAGAUGCACCCUCGGCCCCAGCUUGAGUCUGAGCGGUCAAACCGAUGACUCCUACACUCUUUACACCCCUAACCCUCACCUGGUCAUCACCCACACCAACGGUCUGAACACUAACACAGCUGGGGACAGGAACAGUGUGGGCAGUACUGGCAGUGUGGGCAGCACCCGCAGUGCAGGCAGCGGUCAGAGCACUGAGAGCAACAGCGCCACCAAUGGACCACAUCAACACAGCACCCACCCUGAUACCAGCAAGUUAACCACGGUGGCACCUUCUGCUGGAGAUGUAGUACAACCAGAGCAAAACAAACCCGCUGACACACCCACAGGUGUUCCUCGCAGGCCUGUGCUGGCCACACAGAGGCCAGGUGAGCAGGGUUUCUCUCAACAGUUUGUGCGUCCUCAACAGUUACUGGAGGGCAAGGAUGCUGAAGCUAUCUUUCAGUGGCUGAGUGAAUUUCAGCUGGAGCAAUACACUGCAAACUUCAUUAAUGCUGGCUAUGAUGUGCCCACCAUCAGCAGAAUGACACCAGAGGAUCUCACGGCUAUCGGAGUGACAAAACCAGGUCACCGUAAAAAGAUUUCCCUGGAAAUCGGAAACCUAAGCAUUCCGGAAUGGCUUCCAGAUUACAUACCACAGGAUCUCGGGGAGUGGCUAAGUGCCAUAGGCCUGUCUCAGUAUCAUAAGAAACUCGCAGAGAACGGCUACGACUCGAUUAACAUCGUCCGAGAUCUCACGUGGGAAGAUCUGCAAGAGAUUGGCAUCACCAAACUAGGCCAUCAGAAGAAAAUGAUGCUUGCGGUAAAGAAGUUGUGUGAUAUCCAUAAGGCUCUUCUGCAGGCAGAGUCAGGCCAGGGCACACUGCGACGAAAAAUCCCUGCAGCCCUGGACCUGCUCGCUAUCGAGCCGGCCCCUGAGGGCGGAGACCUCCCUUCACCCCACACACCCAAGAUGCUCACUUUCCAGGACAGCGAGCUGAGCACCGAGCUACAGAGCGCUAUGUCAGCCCACUACAGUGGCUGUCAAGAAGGAUUGGCCAUCAAGAACGCAAUAGGAAUGUCCAUCAGCGAGGAAAGCAUUGACGCUCGCUCCCGAGGCUCGGGGCGCUCCCAGGAGACCCCCAACACUCCCUCCUCUUCUUCAUCUGCCACCCCUUACAGCCACUCCCGGGAGAGCUUAACGAGCGCUGACAGCAGCCCGACUAAGGAGCGUAACAUUCCAGAAGGUCGCGAUCAAGUCCUGCGCUCUCAGCUACCACAACAGCUGGCGUGCUUUAAAUACCCAGCAGUGCCUGCCAAACCCAAACUGGGCUCUGUUCCCUCUCCACAAAGUUCCCCAGUUCAAAAAGCCCUCAAUUAUCCCCGUGUGUAUUGUAAUAGUGCCACACUUGACCGUCACUCUUCUAGCAUGGCCAAGAACCGCACGCAGGGAUUGACUCGCUAUGCUUUGUCGGAUGGAGAACCGGAUGAUGACGAUGAUGAAGAGCUAGCUAAAACCGUCAUGCCUUCAUACGCCACACUGAGCCGAAAACCCGCCCGCGGCCAGCUCGCACGUCUUCAGUCUGCUCCCGAGCAGUCCAUCGGCCGAAGUCAGUCGUUCGCUAUCAGGGCCAGGCGUAAAGGUCCUCCACCGCCACCACCUAAACGGCUCAGCUCUGUCAGUAGCAGCAACGCUAGUGCCGAAACUGUCCCAGACAUGCCAGCGCCUCCUAUUGGUGGACUUGAGAAUGCCAGCAGCCCUAGUAGUGUAAAAACCAUCGCGGCUGCAUUAGAAAUGUUCUUACCUGCUCCCGUCGUGGAGACAGCCACGGCUACCUCCAACGCCAGCGAGGGGAGCAGAAGAAGAGCUCUUAGUCAGAGCGAGUCCAUGCAAAUACCGCAGGCUAACGGAGGAGCUGAUAGAGCGACGAGAUCCGACUCCGAAGAGGAUGACGGGACUAAGGAUUUAAACCUGGAUGGCUCAUCCUCGCCUCAGAACAGCUCCAGCGAGUGUAUACCCUUUGCCGAAGAAGGAAACCUUACUAUUAAGCAAAGGCCCAAAAUCGGCGGACCCCUCAAGGUGGAGAACAGCACAGAGUCUUCAGAAAAAGCCAAAUCAGCCAAAACUCCUGAAGUUCCAGAGUUUAACCUGAAAGAGUCGGACACGGUGAAGAGACGGCAAAAGCCGAAAGAGCAGCCGGUCACGUCCGUCAACGACGCAGACAGCUCCCCGGUCUCUGAGCAAAUUCAGACUCGGGACACGGUGAAACUGCGAAUCAGUGAAACUGAAAUGAAUCUGCCGUGUCCGGUGCCUUCGGCCAAACAAGGGAAAGCGCCUCCACCUCUCGCCCCCAAACCUCCCAGUCCUCUGAAUUCAACACGCCACACCUCAAUUCAUCAGACUGCUGCCACAGCAGUCGGCUCCAGCGUGUUACUGAAUGGUGUGCAGAGCGUCACAUUUGCUGCACCUCAGUCUCCCGUCUCUUAUUCCCCAUCAGCAGAAAGCACAGGUCAUUGUGUACGGUCUGCGGAUGUGGCUCAGGACUCGACGCUGGUCCAUCAGAGACUGGAGAAGACCAGCUCAACCCUGGAGGAAACUUUAAGAGCUGUGGAGAGAAAACUCAAUCUGGAGCACAACACUGGCGGCGUUUCUCACGUUGUAAAGUCUGCAGGGAACAUUCUGGAUGACAUCGGGAACAUGUUUGAUGAUCUGGCCGAUCAGUUGGACGCUAUGCUGGAUUAGAGAUCUGUGGGUUAUAUUUAUAGCCUUUAAAGAGGCGACGCGAUCGAUUCCCACCGUUCGCUCCUCUGCCUUUAAUUACACAUGGAGAGCAAAGAUAAACUUCCUCAGACAGGGAUCCUCCAUUUACAAGGACCACACAGACAUUUUUGGAUGUUCAAAGUCUCCUGACUAAUUUCACGUGUUAGUAUGUUCUUAUCCUAAUGUUUCAUCAAGUAUAUAUAUAUUUUUUUUGUUAUGUCCUUGCAUUAUUUGUAUUUUUGGGUCUAAACUGUGGACUUGACUGAGCACAAAUGUUGCCAGUGGACAAUGCACUUCAUUCCUAAAGCAAUAUACAAGCCAUUUCAAAACACUACUGUUUAAAACAGAAAAGCAUUUCCGCUCUAUAAAUAUGUCUUUUAAAGAGCUCAAAUACACAUCAUUCAUUUCAGCAGCUUUUACUGCUAAGAUGUUGUUUAUAUGAGAUGAGAUUUUCCCUUCAUGUGCAGGUUAAAAAACAUUGACUGACGUUUAUUUUUGUAUUAAAGUGAGGUUUUUAAAGGGAACACAUUUCUGAAAACUGCCUUAACGGGAGCAGCAUUAAUGUACAGCGAGCGAUUCAGGUUAAAGUUGAUGAAAAACAUUAUUUUUAAACCUCUAAACUUAGAUAGUAUUUAAACUUGAUCAAAGUAUGUAUAUUGUACACUAAAGGUAUAUUUGAUUGGGAAGCAAACCUGUUUGUGGUACCAAAUGCUAUGUAUAUUUUUUAUUAAUGAUCUUGAAGCUAAAGUAAUCCAGACACAUUUCCCCUUUGCACAUCAUUUCAUGUGGCUCUUAUUCAUGUGGUCAUACUCCUAUUUCAUUCAAGUUGUAAUGAACUAAGAUGUACGUUUACUCUGUCAUUGAAUAUAUUUUUAUUAACAUGUAUUCAGUUUUAGUAGAUGCAGUUAUUUAUGUCACCACUAUAUAGUAGUCGUGACACUUGAUCAUUUAACAUCAUAAUGUUAAGCUUACAUUGAAACCCAUCUUUGUCAAGUUAAGAUCCAGUUUCUCUUUUCAUUAGUAAAGUCACAUUGCACAUUGUUGUCUGAGCAGAUGAUGUUUGUCUUAUAUUUGGCUUUUGUCUUGUAUUUCACAUCUGUUGCUUGUCUUUCUUCAAGUUCAAUUUCUAUUAAAUUAAUU